AUGGCGGGAGAUUUAGACAUUGAAGCAGCAACAAAGAUUGAAGAUAAAACGAGAGCAACCGCCAUCUUCAAGAGUACAAAUCAAUCCGUUCUUCUAAAGUUUGUUGAUAUUGUUUAUUCAGUCAAAUUCGGCAAAGGGGGAAAUUGUUUUCGGAACAAAUCGAGCUCCGGCGACAAAGUGAUCUUAAAUGGGAUCAGUGGGAUGGUUCAACCGGGCGAAAUUUUAGCCAUGCUCGGUCCUUCGGGCAGUGGCAAAACAACGCUAUUGACCGCGCUAGGUGGUCGCUUAGGCGGUCACCUCACCGGCGCCAUAACUUACAACGGCAAGCCUUUCUCCGAUUCGAUGAAGCGAAACACUGGAUUCGUCACACAGGACAAUGUCCUAUAUCCUCAUUUGACCGUGACCGAAACGCUCGUUUUCACCGCGCUUCUUCAAUUGCCGAAUAGUUUUACUAAACAAGAGAAAAUCAUGCACGCUAAAGCUGUUAUCAAUCAACUUGGACUAGAUAACUGCAAGGAUUGCAUCAUUGGUAACUCGUUUCUGAGAGGAGUUUCGGGUGGGGAACGAAAAAGGGUUAGUAUAGGUCAAGAAAUGCUUAUAAACCCAAGCUUGUUGCUCUUGGAUGAGCCUACGUUGGGUCUGGACUCGACUACCGCGCAACGGAUCGUGUCAACGUUGUCGGAGCAAGCGAAAGGUGGAAGAACAAUUGUGUUAACGAUACACCAGCCAUCGAAUAGGCUAUUUUACAUGUUCCAUAAGGUUUUGCUGCUAUCAGAAGGUAAGCCUCUGUAUUUUGGACGAGGAUCAGCUGCUAUGUAUUAUUUUUUGAGUAUUGGACACGCCCCUUCGGUCGCCAUGAACCCUUCGGAUUUUCUAUUGGACCUUUCAAAUGGUGUUAUAUCAUCGAAUGAGUCAUUAAAGGAGCAAAACUUGGUGAAGAAAACACUGGUUUCGGAAUACAAGAGCAACAUUGCCGAGCAAUUAAGGGAAGAGCUUAACGAGCACUGUGAUCAACUUCACAAUAGAACCGAACACAAGAAGUUCGAACGGUGGCCGACGACUUGGUGGCAACAGUUCACCGAAUUACUUCAAAGGGGACUUAAGGAAAGGAAACACGAAUCAUUCUCGAUAUUCAACACUGCUGAGGCCCUUGCCGUAGCUGUCCUUUUAGGACUUUUAUGGUGGCAAUCCGGUAUUGCUCACUUGCAAGACCAGAUCGGAUUCCUCUUCUUUAUAUCAGGAUUCUGGGGUAUGUUCCCUCUGUACCAAGCGAUUUUCACCUUUCCUCAAGAACGUUUAAUGCUUGAGAAAGAACGGUCCUCUGGAAUGUAUCGGCCAUCUUCGUACUUCAUGUCGAGAAUCGCAUCUGAUCUCCCCAUGGAGCUUAUUCUUCCCACUGUUUUCAUCACAAUAUCAUAUUGGAUGGCAGGGCUUACACCCACAGCAGGCAAUUUCCUAUACACCUUAUUGGUACUCCUUUUAUGUGUCCUAGCCUCACAAGGCAUGGGGCUUGCCAUUGGUGCCUUGGUGAUGAACCAAAAGACGGCGGCCGUUCUCGGUUCAGUCAUCAUGCUUACGUUCUUACUCGCCAGCGGCUACUACGUUCAACAUAUUCCGGGUUUCAUAUCGUGGAUCAAAUACAUUUCGCUUAGCCAUUACACCUAUAAGCUCUUCUUGGGGUCUCAGUACCGGGCAGAUGACACUUACCUUUGUGGUGAGCCGGCAAAGGUUUGCUUAGUCGGAGAUUUUCCGGCAAUAAACAGUGUGGCAUAUUUACAUUAUUCAAGCACUUUUCCUCUGAAGUUUAGACACCCGGAUCUUCCAAUUACAUUAUUCUCCAUAUUUAACACGUUUUACAAAUAA